CAGAUCAGUGUGUAAGUCGGCCCGAGUUAGAACUGUCAGAGACGUGUACAUUUCUCAAACGACGACGUACUAUCGCCGAGCGAACACAUACUUACCUUCAUAUUCCGUGAGCGUAAACAUCCAAAGUGACGGAAGACAAGUCAUUCGAUGCCAACAUGUUGGACUACUGUGCCAACGAUGCGUCGGGCAACGGGUACCCAACCUCAAAUCCUUCCAUGGCAUCAAUUCUAAACAUGAGCGGUUCUAUGGACACCUCUAGACAGAAUUCCUUCGUCCUAAGCAGUCCUCCUUUAGCGGCGUUACACAAUUUAACAGAGAUGAAGUUUCCUUCAUCACAACAGUUAACAGACUAUCAACAAAAUGCGUUCAAGCAUUUGGCUGCCAACUCAACGCCGCAUGGAAUUAAUGACAUUCUAAGCCGUCCCUUACCCGGGAAUCCACUCGGAAUACCACGGAUUAAUCCACAGAUGUACCUUAGCCCACAAGUACGGUUUCCAAAAAUCGCAGAAUUGCCAGGUAGACAACCGAUCUACUGGCCGGGUGUGCUACCACAGCCUUGGAGACCGUCGCCAGGCUCCUGUGCACGUUUUACAGCCAACUCAUCCAAUGUAAUUGUCGACAAGGAUGGAAAGAAGAAGCACACAAGACCAACCUUUUCUGGACAACAAAUCUUUGCACUUGAAAAAACCUUUGAACAAACCAAAUAUUUGGCGGGACCUGAACGGGCGAGGCUUGCAUAUGCACUGGGAAUGUCGGAGAGUCAAGUUAAGGUAUGGUUCCAGAACAGACGAACUAAAUGGCGCAAGAAACAUGCCGCAGAAAUGGCCACUGCCAAGAAGAAGCAGGAACAGGCAGAAGAUCUGGAGGGUUCUGAUUUAGAAGAUGACAAUUUUGAUGGCAGUCGCCAUGACAGUUACGAAGAAAGUACACUUGAUCAUAACGGUGUUAACGUGUGUUGAAAUGCCACACCACAGACUCCUCUGUCCAGAUGUAGAUCUACCAGUGCUAAUAAUAAUUCUGUGUGGUCCGGAAGUGACUGGUGCUGCAAGUUAGCCAAUGAGAAGUCAGAUCUCAGGCACGGCGUGGAUCGGUUGCCAUGGCAAUAGAUCUCAAGAUGGCGGCUGGUCGCCGCAAAUGACGUUAUAUAGUUAUAUGCCCAUGAUGAAGACAUUUACGAGUUGGUCGCUCUCUGGUGUACGUUGUUACUUAGUAACGGUGUGUUGCCAACAUAUCUGUAUUGCUAUGUCCUCUCGUAUAGAACUUCCGGUCACCGAACUGAUGCCGUGACCUUUACCCUUCAGCUGUAGCCACAUAGGUUCACCAAUACCCUCGCUCCCGGCCCUUUUGCAAAGGAUAAAGUCAAAUAUAUGGUUAUAACUGCUAUAAACACAAUUCAUAUAACCCGGCGACAAACAUUAUCAUCAGCGGUUGAGUUUGCUAGCUCUUAAGCCAUGUGACGCAAAGGUUGUUGGGAAACGAAUUUGACCUACUGACCUUUCUCAAAAACCCCACCCUGCAUUGAACAGUCAGAUCGCUUUUCUGCCAUAGAGCUGGAUGUCAAUAGCAUGCUAUACAUCACCUGGCAUUGACAGGGAAAGUCGACGUUUUCAUCCGCCGGCUAUUUAUCAGGAUAAGGGCAAAUGGAAAGAAUUCCAAACCACUAUCGGCGCGCAGGUUGCAGUUAGGUGUGUUGUCUAACAAUAAAAAAAUAUAUUUCGUACUCUUUCAUUUGUAAUAUUUAUCUUGAAUUUAACUUAAAAUUCACUUUCAAACCAUUUAGAACAACAUUUUUAUGUCUACAAACUUAAGUUUAAGUGAACAGCCGUGUGUCGACUUUAUUCGCCUAGGCGUUGUAUACGGCUUGUAUUUCUGAAGGGUGGUGUUCAAACCAGGAACACAUCGCCUCUGCGAUGGAAAUCCAUGGCACCAGUGCAAGAUAACAUUGUUGGAAAGAACAAAUCUUUAAACCCGGCAACCGGCUGAGGGAAAGGGUGUUUGCAUAGUCAAGUCAUUUAUUCUGUAGCUAAGAAGUUAUCUGUACCACACGAUUUCUAACAGACAGCCAUGAUUUAUCACUUGAAUACAGAAUGAUCGUUUCGCUGACCCUAGCAAGAUGGACACACACUGAGAACCACAAUGUCACGAAACCAAGAAAGUAACUUAAUCUUGUGUCAUUAAAAUUUAACCUAUUAUUCUAACACAUUAAUUAUAAUAUUUCUAUUACAACUUUGUAAUGUAUAUGAUUCUUUCAGUAACAAAUAUCGAUGUUUGAUUCUUUUCUUGUCCGUCAAAUAAUAUUUAAAAUCUCUUAAACGAUCCUUUUGUAUUUUUUGUAUAAUAUUUUCUUGGUUUAAAACAUCACUUUUCAUCGACAACAUACUGACAGAGGUUUGUUUUAUAAACCUACCAUACUACCUACCGCACGACAACCUGUGCUACUAUUAUAAGCAUACGUAUUUCGUUUCAUACAUUUAUGUAUGGACUUUGUUUGAGAAAAUUGACAAAGUCGGAGAAGCCAUGUUUGAUCGAUAAUGAUGUCAUAAAUACAUCCGAUCACGAUAGGCACUCUUUCAAAGUGCUAUUGAUAAAUUUGUAAAAAUUGAUUUGUUGUUAACAACCAUUUGAAUAACAAUUGACUCUAAUGAUCCCUGCAAACUGAAUUAUGUCAAUGAAAACAAUUCGGAUCAUAAAACGACCGUUGCAAACCGGGUAUAAUUUCCCUGGUUCAAUAAGCAUUUGUCCGGAGAUUAGUAUCGAAAUAUUCUAUGAUUGGGUAUCAAGUCCAACUGUCCACCAUUUGCCAAGCGACCGCCUAAAUAUCGGGCGGCUUUUGUCUUGAAAUCAAUUAAUUCUCCCUCAAGUUGAAGAGGUAAUCAUUUGUUUAAUUUUGCAAUCACCGUGAUGUAGUGUCGAUUAUUGAAAUCCUUGCCAGUGUGCAGACAAAUUAUACUUGAGACAUUAACAUCCGACAGCAGUUGUAUGACUAGUAGUAUUGACGACUGUCGCAAGGGUUGACUUCGGUUGAUAAAUCGUGAGCCUAUUACGUUGAAUGUGGAAACUGCAAAAUGGAACACAUUCUGUGACAACAUAUUAUUAUGAAUACCAAUCGUUGAAAUUGAUUGUUUUUCAUAACAUUGAUUUGUUUGGUUCUGUAUUAACCCAAAGAAACAAAUAAUAUUAAUGUGUGACUCAAAUCAUAUUUUUUCAGAUAAUUUACCAAUUAUAUGUAUUCAAAGUGCAAUCCGUUCCCAAACGUAGGGUUACAUGUGUAAUCUUGUUUUGACGCUGGAACACGAGUUAUAAAUCGAUGUCAACCUGUUAGUCGAGGCGCAAUAUAUUUAGUUUAGCAUUCCCCUACACAAACACCUGUGUGUGUUGACAGCUUAUAGCAUAAGCCGGACUUUUGUUUACUUUUAUAUCUUUUUGUUAUGUCUCUGUUCUGUUUACUCAUAGGAAGUCUUAUACACUUCCAACAUUAUCAUAUAGAUUUAUAAAUCAAUAUCACAUAUGCUUAUUAGUCUGAAAUCUGUGAUUUUCAUUUCAUGACUAUGUAUUUUGUCAAAGAUAAUUCAAGUUACGUUUUCACAAACAAUUCUGUUUAGUUAAAGCAUCGUUCUUUUAAAGCGAGUCGUUUACAAACUGUAAACGGGUUGUGUCUCGCCAAUGUGAUAUUGACAACUUGUGUAGAUUUCAAUCAAUUCCUACAACGGCAACCUCGAGUGAUGACAUACUGAAUGUAUGUAAUCAAUAUCAGCCAGAGUCUUCCAACAACACAUCUUCUAUAACUUAUCUUUCUGAAAUGUAACCUUGUCAAUAUCUUGAUCAUAUGGCCACUACUAGCAUGUUUUAAAGGGUAAACUAUUGUACAUUCACCAUAACCAAAAUGUAUUUCAGUUAAGAUUGAUGUCAGAUUUAGCCUUUGUUGUUUCUUCUCGUUUGAUUGACAGUUGUAUAUUUCUGACCCGAUUAGCGAUAAUGCGUGAUGUAAUAUGAAAUAUUUACAUUUCACGUCCUCUGUGUGGAUUUCUAUUGAAAUGUACAAAGAUGAUUUAAGUGUAUAGUAUUUAAAUGAAAUUAAGUUUAUUGUUAAUGAUAUUAUUGAAACAAUGUUUCCUAGUCAAUUGUACCUGUAUGUUGAAGUAUGAGCUAGGAACUAGAUGAUGCUGAAUGCCAUUUGUAUGUCAAUUAUACAUACCAUCCAUUAACACAAUAUAGGGGUCUGCAGUAUCAUCACUAUUUUGUAUUUUCUUGCAUAGGAGACAUAAAUGUUCCAAAAGCUUUAUUUAUUAAUUCUGAAAGAGGAUAUUUAAUGCUGUAAAUCCUCAAAAUGGAACACUACCAGUAGAGAAAAUAUUUCAUAUUGUAUGAGUAGGAAUUUAUUUCCUAGCGGAAGGUUACAAUUAUUGCACGAUGUGUCAAUUAUUCCUACUCCCCUAUGGCUGCUUGUACAUGACAAAAUAGUUCCGCCCCAGACCCAGGGUUGAAAUUUAACAGGGGAGGUAAUCGCAAUGUCAGGUCUUAUGCGGCCCUGAAGGGCCCCUUACGAUGUGUAUAAUUUGUUUUAAGAUGGUUCGAAUAAAGAGAGCCUCGAAAUUGA